AUGUGUUCUGAUACCAAUCCACUAGCAGACUUAGCAGCCGCCACGAAAGCUGGAACAAGCCCAAUCAUGAAUCUCUCUGAGUUAGCUAUGUUGGCAUCAGGAAUUAGGGCCUUGCUGAGCAGGAGUCUCAUGUCCUGGUUAAGCCUCAGUUCCCAACGUCGGGUCGUACGGCUCUCUGCCACUGUAAUUGGCGUGCUUUUUGUUCUUUUCCUCUUACAUGUAACAGUUACAAGGACGCGGUUUCAAUAUUCUCCGCUGCCAUCUUCCACAUCUGGCCCUCACCGAAAUGAUUCCGAUACAAAGGGCCAUCUCCCAAACGCAGAACAGGCGCCUACUCUGCCCGCUGAGUAUUCGGCGGUGGCCGAGGUGCCAUCCUACUGCGCAGAUCGAUUCGGUAUCACAUAUCUGGAGAAGCUGCGCGACUCGAGAACCGAGUACUGCACUCCAAACUCGCCUUCAGGCUUGACCUGCUUCCACAGUCAAACAGAGUCGGGCUCCCGAAUCGACACGUUCUGCUUCGGGCGCGGAGCUGUAUACGAUCCCGCUCAGCGACUUUUUAUUAUGGACUGUCAACUGCGAGAUUUGGAUGGCGAGAACGUACCCACUUUCGGAAAAUUUCACAAUUAUUGUUUCAAAUCACACGAUCCUGGUUCAGCGAGAAGGGCGCGGAAUGUCUGGCAUUCUCUCAUGGAGAUCUUUUCCAUGACCAUGACCAUCGAUGUUCUGCGCAUGACUGCGGGCCCCAACCCGCACAGGCCGCUUUUCAGUAUUGACGACAUCGAAAACGCACAGGUCGUCAUCCUGGACGAGGUCGAAGAUGGGCCCUACUUUGACCUGUGGAAGAUUUUCGCUCAGCGGCCACCACUCCGAAUCAGCGAUCUGCGUCCGACCAACGAGUUCGAGAACCUGAUCGUGCCCCUGGCGGGCGGAUCGAACCCCCUCUGGCAGGGUGAUUGGGAGAUCCAUUCAUGCGAAGACUCUGCACUGAUCCGUACCUUUUCCAGACGGGUCCUCUCUCACUUCCAUGUGGAACUUCGCCGACCCCGACAGGGCCCGCAGAUCGUGUUGACUUUUAUCGACCGGACGGGAAGCCGAAAGCUGAUCAAUCAGGAGGACUACUUCAAAACAGUCAAAGAGCAAUUUCCCCAUAUAACCGUCCAGAUGAUUGACUUUGCCAGCAUUCCAUUCCAGGAGCAGCUGAGGAUUGCCCAGGGAUCGGACAUAUUGGUGGGCGUGCACGGCGCCGGUCUCACGCACGGUAUCUUUCUUCCAUCCGGCUCUGUGAUGGUCGAGAUUCUCCCGCCGGGUUUGAAUCACAAGGGCUUUCGCAACCUUGCUUCGCUACUUGGACAUUUGUAUUUCAGCGCUCACGCAACGAAGCCGGCUAAAACUUUGAAGCGCGACGACUGGCAUAACAGUGACGUUUAUCUCGAGCAUGACAAGUUCAUGGAUUUAAUGAAUGUUGCCAUCAAGGCUUUGUAUAACAGAGGAGAGCGGAACUACGACGUGAUCUGA